AUGUCCUUCCCCUGCAGCCAUAAAUCUUGUCACAAGGUUUUUCGCACUCAGAAUGCUGUUGACCAGCACUUUUUCUCCUUCCACAACAAGGCAGCAUACGAUGCCACGAUCAAAGCUGCCCAGAAAGCGAACGAAGAGAGAAGGAGGCAAGAAAUGGAGGAGGCAAGAAUACAAUUGGCAAUGGGAAAUAAAACAGAAAGCCAAAUGGAUAGGAUAGAGACUCUGUUGAGAGGUCCAAAUCAAAAUCUCUCGUUCAGCGAAGCAGUCUUGCAGAAAAACGGCUAUCACGAACCUCCGAGGUUGAACGGCCAACCAGACCCCACUCUCAGAUUUGUCGCCCAGAAUAGGGCAUCUGAAAUGGGCCCACCUUCAAGAGUAGCCCCAUUGACGUCCUCUUCCCAUGACAAAGACCGUUCCUCGCGGCGUAGCUCUAUGCUCAAUACAGAAGUACAUAGAGCCGGUAAUUACGCCUCGCCCUCGACGACAACCUCUGAAAUACCUCAAUACGAUUACUAUGAGAAUGAUCCAUAUUUCUCAUACGGUUCGGACCCCGCUGUCCAAAAAGAUCGUCCAGAGCCUCUCCCCUGUGAGGAUUGUAGCUUCCUUUUCCGGGAUCAAGAAUCGCUAGAUUACCAUAUCAGUAUCAAGCACCAACCACCGCCCUGCUUCGUCUGCCAUAAGCCCUUUCCUCGCGAUCAAAGCCUUGAUGAGCAUCUCGAAACAGAAGGCCUCGAUGGGCAUAUCAGGUCCAUGCUGCAUGGGAACUCAAAAGCUGCUGGUACCCGCCGUAGCGAGUAUGGAGGAACUGCCCAAUGGGUAUCUCAAGAUCAAGCUCGCCGCCGUGCGCGUGAGGAAAAAUCCUCUGUUCCAGAGGGCUCUCGAUCAUCUCGACGCUCCCGCCGGAGCCAGGGUUCAAUUGAGACUAGGGAACCCUCAUCUUUAGCAGUCCGUCAUGAAGAAGAAGAAGAAGAAGGUCCCUAUAUGUUUAGGAAAUCUACAUUUCUACCGCCUGUCCGUCAUGAAGAAGAAGGUACAGUUGAGUUAGGAAGCCCAUCGCGACCAGCUGCUCGCCAUAAAUUUAAUCCGUUAAUUACGGAGAAUCCUCCUCAACCUCCCGGCACUCGGCGCAAAAGGGAUUUAUCUGUAGCUGGGAGCUCUACAGGGUCAACGACUCAUCAUACUGAAGUCUCUUCCGUGUCAGGAAGAUUUCCGGCAGUCGUCAGCAGUGACGAAAACCGAUUUCGAUGUAAUUGUGGUAGUAAUACCUGCGUUAUGUCAUGCGAUGGCCCCCAUAAUACCCAGACAGAUAUCACCCCUACACAACAAGCUAUCUUAGAUUCCAUGUCCCAGCAAACACGUCGAUCCCGAGCCACACCAGUCCAGCCAGUCCAGCCAGUCCGGCGAGCCACACCGAUUCAGCCCUUACAGCCAACCCGGCGAGCCACACCAAUUCAGCCUUUACAGCCAACCCGGCGAGCUACACCAUCCCAGUCAGUCCAGCUAGGCCAAAUAAUCAAAUCAAAUCAGCGAGACCACCCAGACAAAGCAAGCCAUCCAGACCACCCAGACCAUCCCGACAAUCCAGGCUAUCCAGGCUAUCCAGACUAUCCAGACUAUCCAGGCCAAUUACUCCAACCAACUAAACUAGUCCAGAAAGCUCAGUCAGCCCGGAGCAAAACCCCCAUCAAUUCACUGAAAAAGCAAGGAUCCUCAACGUAUCCAUGCUGGACAUGCCACCCGUUCUGCGGGAACGUAUUCGAUACCGAAGAGGAAAAGAAAGCACAUAUCAAGUCCGUGAGUUUAAAGGGGAAGUCUUCCAAGCGUUUAGAUAUGAAUGAGAACUAUUCUGAGUUUCUGGGUACGAGUGGGAAACACUCUGAGCUUUUGGGUACAAACGAGAAGCCUCCAAGUCCAGCCAUCCGCCGGAGCAGAACUCUGUUCCUAUGUGAGAGCUGUGAUCCUGCAUGUAACCAGAUAUUUGAAGUUCAUGAAGCUUUAACAGCCCAUAUCGAGCAAAAGACACAUCUUGAGAUCCAAAAUUUGGAGGAAGAUAUCAGAUCGGCAGAGCAAACUGCUCAAAUCCGGAUCGAAGCUCUUGAGAAAAAACUGGAAGAAAUGAAGGAAAAACAUCGCCUCGAGAUCGAGACCAUGAACACAGAUCUUGAAUUGAUGAGGGAGAGGAUUUUUGAGAUUGACACCCAAAUCUUACCCUCUUUUGCAUGUGAUUUAUGCAAGCCAUUCUGCGGAAAUAUCUUCGACACCGAGGAAGCUGUCGAAGAGCAUCUGGAUAUCGUAUUGGAUAAUGCGAUGGACACACGUCUCAAAUCAUUCAGAGAGAAAGAUGCUUUCGAUGCCAAGAAGGCGAAAUUUCCAAUGAAAUGUUAUACAUGCACGCCGCCCUGUGGGAGCACCCUCGACAGCUCUGAAUGUCUGAACCAGCAUCUGGAUCUUAUGAUCGAGAAAUCACAACACCUGAUCACUCGGUAUUCGAAGCAAGAAUUCCCAUGCAAUAAAUGCGAUCCACCUUGUGGAAAAUUUUUCGAUUGCAAAGAGGAUCUAGAAGCUCAUUUGGUGCCUGCGGCAGAGACUGCGGAGGUGGUGGAAGAUGCUGGGCCCCAGGAGGCCCCUAAAACUGACUGUGAGUCGCAAACUGAAACUUUUGUUGAUUUGGAAUCCCCGAAAUUCCACGAUAAAAGCAUGCGGGACUUCCAGCGAAUUUUGGACGCCCGCACUGUGCGACAAAAACAGGCAGAACAAUCGAUUUUGGAUAUAGUAGAUCAAUUUUCAUGCGAUACAUGUAGCCCUCAAUGUAGGCGCAUCUUCAACACCGAGGAAGAGCUACAAAACCAUCAGAACUUUAUAGAGGAAAAGAAUCUACGUAACGCCACACGACCUAGCCCGGACCGGUGGUCUUGGUUAAUUAUUGAGACCCCGGAUGCUGUCGAAACUUUGUUGUCAAUGACACAAGAGCAAGAUGUUCUUUUAGAAAAUGAAUAUUUCGAGCCCCCUCAAAAGUUCGGUCACCAGGAUCAAACCAAAUGUAUUAAUUGUCAUGGUGUUAAAUCGAAGCUAGAUCUAGAGGAAAACGUUAUCUGUUCGUACCAUACUGGUAGAUGGGAGAAGGAUGGAGAUAAAACUCGUCCCAGCUGCUGCAAGAAAAGAAUCAAAGGAUGCAAAGUCCAAGAUAAACACUCAUUCAUAAACACUGAGGGUCUCGAGGGGCCGAUGCUCCAACUAACACCAGAGCCAUCUUCUCGUCAUCCGAAACGAAAAGCAGUCGUUCUUGGCUGCGGGGUGGGCGUUUCUACCCAGGCGACCAGCGAAUUGAUCCAGCUCAUUGCAAUCGACUUCUUCACCGGGGAAGUCCUAAUCGACAUGAUAGUUCGUCCCAGAAAACAAAUAGCCGACUAUAGAACACGAUGGACCGGAGUCACAGAAGAUAUGGCACAGCUAGCCAUCGCGGCAGGGGAGUUCUUGGACUCCUUUGAAAAUGCAAGAGCAGAGCUUUUGAAAUGGAUAGACAGUCAGACGAUACUCAUCGGUCACUCGCUACAUAUGGAGUUAUGGCAACUACAGCUCAAACACCACUUGGUUAUAGAUUUGUCUUUAGCCAUGCCGCAUGCCGGAUACAAACCACUUAGAAAGUCGAAGGGCAAAAACUUGAAAGCCAUACUGCAGAACUUCUUAGGAGAAAUCAUUCAGGACGACGAUGAUGGGUACGAUCUUCUGGAGAAUUUACGCGGGAUAAGGGAGUUGAUAAUUAGGUUGAGCGGAGGUGGUACAGCUGUUAAUGCGGAUUAUGAAGGUGAGGAAGAGGUUGCGGAAACUUCCUAA